GUGUGCGCGAGCGCUGAGGACACACGACCGUGAUGGCUGCCGUGUGGCGUGUUCGUAUAUUUGCCCGCUCUGUCGUCCGCUUCUCUGAUCGUGAUCUGUAAAUUAUCAGUGAAAGCACGUCUUUAAGCGCGACAAUUAAAGAGAACCCAAAAUAAGCUGAUAUGGCUGAAAGCAACCAAAAUACUGAUGGCACUGUUGAAGUUGGGGAAGAUGAAAAUACAGAGGAUUCUAAUCUGCAGAUGGAGCUCAGUGCUUUUAGGGCGAAGUGGAUGUCUGAGCUUCAGCCCAGAAGCUUCUCCAAGACUUCUGACCUCAAGAGGAAACAGGAAAUAGCUAAAGAGGAAAAGGCCAGAGAGCUGUUCUUAAAGGCUGUUGAGGAAGAACAGAAUGGAGCUUUUAACAAAGCCAUCAAGUACUAUAAGAGUGCAAUGCAGCUGGUUCCGGACAUUGAGUUUAAAAUCAACUACAGCAGAACUCCUGAUCCAGACCGUGUUGGUGGGAGCUAUAUGGAGGAGAAUGCGAAUGAUGGUGAGAUUGAUGAUCUACUGACGUACUUCCAGCAGCAGCUCACACUGGAAGACAGCACCAUGAAGCUGUGUGAGCCGGGGACAGACAUGUCACGCGUGCACAUCUCAGCAUUGCCCUUUGAGGUGCUCGUGUAUAUCUUCCGUUGGGUGGUGUCUUGUGACCUGGACCUCCAAGCCUUGGAGCAGCUGUCGCUGGUGUGCAGGGGCUUCUAUAUCUGUGCCAGGGACACAGAGAUUUGGCGGUCAGCCUGUUUGAGAGUGUGGGGCCGGAGCUGCACCAAAAUGCUGCCAUUUUCAUCCUGGAGAGAGAUGUUCUUAGAGAGGCCACGUGUUCGCUUCGAUGGUGUUUAUAUCAGUAAAACUGCAUACAUCCGUCAGGGCGAAGAGUCGCUUGAUGGUUUCUACAGGGCUUGGCACCAGGUGGAGUAUUACAGGUACCUCCGCUUCUUCCCUGAUGGUCAGGUGUUGAUGUUGACCACACCUGAGGACCCGUUGGUCAGUGUUCCAAGGUUGCGCAGCAAAAAUUCCAGGAUGGAUUCUGUCUUGUUUGGCCAUUAUCGGCUGUCCCAGGAUACAGAUAAUCAAACCAAAGUCUAUUUUGUUGUCUCCAAAAGAAAAGAGGAGAAGGUUGCAGAAUACCAGAGGAGCCGGUUCUGCAGGCGGACUCAGGCCCCUGACGCAGAUCGCUCCUUUCAUGUAGGACUGCGGUUGCCCUCUGGAGGGCGUCAGCGCUUUAACAAGCUGGUGUGGAUCCACCAUUCCUGCCACAUCACCUACAGAUCAACUGGAGAGACUGUUGUCACGGAAUUUGAUGUGGACAAAAUGUACAAGCCUCUGUUUUUUGCAAGAGUGAAGAGCUACACAGCCUUUUCCAAGCGUCCACUGUAGGUCGACCAGAGCGAUGCAUGCAAAACUGUCCUGGAUUCUCAAAGUUUUCACCUCACUGCCACUUCUGUGCGCUCUCCCUACUGCUUCCAGCUUGCACUGUUUCUUAUGAAUGUACAAGUGUGCUGUGACAUUUUUUGAAUCCUACAGUCUUAACUGCAGCUACAAGCAUUGCGUUUUUUUUUUUCAUAAAUAGCGUCUUAAAAACAGAUACAAAAUAUAUGUGUGUGUGUGUGAUUGUCUGUAAUGAAAAAGAUAAAGAUUUUAAGUCAUGGAAUUUUGUUCUCUUAACAUCUGUAUAUUCACUUCGAUUUAUGAAUUUCAGUGAGACAAUUUGGCAACUGGAACGGCCAAAUAAAUAAGCUGUAAUGUGUUCUGAUUUUUUUUAAAAUAAUAUGUAAAUUAUGUUGCUUAGGGAUAAGCAAGUCAAGUCAAGUGGUUUUUAUUGUCGUUUCAACCAUAUACAGUUAGUACAGUACACAGCAAAAUGAGACAACGUUCCUCCAGGAACAUGGUGCUACAUAAAAACAACAAAGGACCAACACAGGACCACAUGAGACAACACAACGAAAUAAAAUACCUAUAUAAAAAAAACCUAUAUAUACCUAUAUAAAGUGCACGUGCAAACAUGUGCAAAAAGUACAGGACAGUACAACAAAUUUCUGACAAUGAACAGGACAAUAGACACUGCAGCGCCGACCAGUACUCAGUAGUGCAAAAAGAUGACAGUUUCUAAAAACGUAAACAUAACAUACUAUGAGAUAGUGUUCUAUGCACAUAGCAGUUAUUGAGGUAGCAGACAGUUAUAAAGUGACAGUAAUUAAAGUGCAACUCAGGACACGUGUGUGUGUGUGUGUGUGUGUGUGUGUGUGUGUCAAACCAGUCUCUGAGUAUUAAAGAGUCUGAUGGCUUGGGGGAAGAGAAGCAUUGUAUGGAAUUGAAUGAUUAGGGUUACAAAUCCUCUUAAUGAAUCUGGGUCCUUAACGAUUGCACUAUCAAUUUAGAACUUUUGAGGAAAACAUAUUUGUAAUGGAAAUAAGUAAUGCUUAUUGGAUUUACUGCCCUGGUAUAUAAUGAGAUGAUUUCAUAUUUUUCAAAAGUUGUGUUUACAUAGACUUUUUAAUCAAUAUAUAUUAUUAAUCUAUUAAAAAAUAUCACUAAUUACAACAAUUUAAAAUGAUUUAUGUCUCACAAUCAUUUGUUCAUUUCAAGUCAUUCAUGACGCAAUGAAUAACUUCCGGUUCAGUAUGUUUUUAAUUCACUAAAAAUAAAGCUGAUUCGAGGGAUAGUGCGAGAUAUGUUCGAAUUCUCGAUUCUGACUGGUUGGAAUGUGUGAGUUAAAUCCGUUUAAUGCACAGGUAGUUCUAGUCAGUUUUAAUCGCUGUUAGAUAUCCAAUGUGCUUACUCUGCUGUCCUCCAUAAUGAGAAGUUGCGAGAGCUUUAUGCCUCUGUUCAAACGACCUCCAGAUGCUAAUAUAAUCUCAGAGCUGGGAUUAAUUGUUGCAUCACAAAACAACUUCAUCAAGUAAUGCAGUGCCAUCUUAAAUUCAACUGUGAAGUGCUACAGGAAAUACGGGAAAAACAACAGUGUUCAUCAGCCCCGUAUUGUUUGACAGUCAGUUGUUUUGCACGGAGGGGGAGAGAAGGCAACAGGGACUCAACAAAUGUGUCUGUACGGCAAAUGAUUUGAAUUAUAAUACGAUAAACAUCAUUUCAAAUUGCUGCCCUCUCAACAUCGCCGAUAGAGGCUGAUCACACAUCUCUGUUUUAUAACACAGCCUUUUGCUGUUUUGUAAUUGUGAAAGGCCAUAUCGUGAUUUCAUUCUUAAUUCAAUCAGUCGUGCAGCCUGAUUAGCAGUUGGAUGUAUCGGAGGUCAAAGUUUGGCAAUUUUGGAUGGGUUGAGUAUAUUAAUUCAGAUUUUAAAGCGUGUUUGAUCUCCAAAAGAACUGAUAUGAUCGCACAACUUUAUCUCUGUGUUUGAUUUAGAAUGGGCAAACACUAGAUCUAAUGACAAGAAGAUGAAGUUAACCGUUAUUGUUAAUCUUCCAUUAAAAAGUUGCACUGUAAAAAUCAAUGACAGCUGUAACUAAUCAAUGCUGACAAGUGGCCAUGGUAUAAGUGGGAUAAUCCAUAGCUAGCUGUGUGUUAAAACGAUUUGAAUGCAAUUCACGGAAGCAACCACCUCAUGUCCGGUGGUUCUUCACCUCCACGUGGUGCAUUAAAAUCGUUUAACACACACCUAGCCAUGGAUUAUCCCUUACAUGUAGAUACAAAAGAACUGACUCAUGAAAGCCUGAAAUAUUUUUUCAGAAAGUACCACUGUAUAUUUCACAGUGUAUAUUGUAGUGUCGACUCAAAAGAGUCUUGCGUUCGGAAAUCAGGCUACACUGUCACGCUGUAUGUUCCACGCUGUAGAUACAAAAGAACCAGCAGCUCAUUUGAAUCAUUGGGAAUUGGGCGACAAUGUUUUUGCUUUGUUUUGCACUGCUGAUUUAGUUUAGCUGAUUCUGUAACGGUGUUGCCGUGAAUGGUAGCAUAGGAAAAACUUGUACAGUGUGCUUUAAGUAUGUGAAUUUGGCUUUUUUAAAUUUAAGUUCUGGAAUAACCUUGAACAUGGCCAGUAUUACAUAGAUGUGCUUGAAUUAUAGAAAAUCAUUAAAUACGUUAAAUGUAUCUAUUUAUUUUUGGAAAAACACGCAGGCGACGCGCGCCCCAAACAGUUUUAAUUACAAAUUACUCUCCAGAGUGAAAACAUUCUCCAAUGAGAAGUAAAAAUGCUCUGACAUUUGAAUGUGGGCCAAUGGAUUCAGCACUGUUCGCUUUUGUGAGCUGUCCCUUGUGUAAAGAAAGCUUUGUCUCAGAAAACAGGUUGUUUCUGUAUGGGAUGAAAUUAGUCUCAAAAUGAUUAACAAACGUCAAUUUGAUAAAUGUUGGAAAUUAUAUAUUAAAAGCCAUAGACAAAUGCCUUUCAACUUGUGUCUGUGAAAUAAAAAAUGUGCUGGGAACAUGUACUUGUGAACACAAAUCUGUUCCUUUUGUAUAAAUGUGUCACAAUUUGUGUAUGCAACCAAAGGAAGAUUUUCCAUAUCAAACAAAAUGGUCUUGUGAAAUAUUGAUUGUGCAUUUGUGGAUCACGUGACACGCAUCCCUUCAUUGAUGUCUAUUUGGGUUGAUUCUGUUUGAUUCAUUUGAAUUUUGAGACUUUUGUUUUGCUGUUUUUACCAUGGCCAACUCACACACAAACAACUACCGAUGAAAAUCCUAAAUGUAUCAUAAAUGUAUGCAUAUCUACCCUUCAUUUAAAAAUAAAACUUCCCAAAUGUGCAUUUCAACACUCAAAAAAAAAAAAAAUGCUUUUCAACUUGUAUCUGUGAAAUUUACCAUUAAAUAUUGUGUUGGAAUUUGAACAAAUUGUGACAUACGUGAAUACAAGUGUUCCCUUUUGUACAAAUGCAUUACAAAUUUUGUACGUAACCAAAGAGAGAUGUUCCCAAUCAAACACAAAUUGUUUAUGUGAAGCAUUGCAUGUGCAUUCGUGGAUCAAGAGACACACAUGCAUUCAUUGAUAUCUAUUUGUGUUGAUUCCCUUUCUGCUGGUUUUGCCUUGCACAAUCCACACACAAAUAUCUAAGGACCCACGUGGAGUGGUGGUAAAGUGGGCUAAAGCACGUAAAGUGGGCUAAAGCACA